AUGGAUUCAUUCACCCCUCAAGACUUUCAGGAAUGGGUAGACAGACGUCAAAGCAGUGUGUCGAACUCCACCGUGUCGUCUGCGUCAACAAGCCUGCUCUUCUCGAGCCCCACGACCUCGCCUGGGUCUAGCUCGAGGAAGCAAUCCUGGCAAUUCUAUGAUGAUGUUGUGCGCCUCGUCCUGACUCCCUCGGUGCAAAUCUCCUUUGUGAAAAAUGGGCAGCUUUUCAAGCUAAAUUACACAUUCAUCGAUGUCUGCAAAGACUCAACGGGCGCGUUAAGGUGCCUAGAGCUUGGAGGGGGACUUGGACAGCAGUCACCCUUCGUACACGGCUUCUCAAAUACAAAGCUACCGGUACCACAUUUAGAGCAUCCGAAAUCAGGCGACGAUUACCCCCUACGAGUGUCAUUCAUGGACCAGCAGACCGUUCAAACAGCACAUACAGUGUUUAUGACACAGCUAUCAUACAAAUUCGAAAACUGGGAUGAUUGCAUUCGAUUUCAAGAGCUACUACUCUGCUCAAAGUUGAUGUUCAUCGGGGGUAUGGCCGAGGCCAAAUCAAAAGGCCGAGGCGAAGAGUGCAUCAGCCAAAAUCUACGAAUUCUACGAGGACACAAUGGGAAACGCGUGAUGCUCUAUUUUGCGAAUUCCCAGCGGAGAGAACUCAAACGAUACGUUUCCAUCCCCCUUAACUGCAUCGGGGGCAUCAAACCACCGAAGAAGCCGGGGCGGCCAGCCACACUGGAGUUGAAUCCGAACUUCGAAUUCCUAGCGCAAAUGAGAACUUUGAAUAUCCAGUUUCUCGACGAUGAUGACUGCAAAGAGUUUUGUCAGAUGUUGUCAUACGACUUGACCAUUGGAUGA